UUUUUUUCACGGAUGUAUCCAAUCCACGAAUAUGAUAUAGUCAUUCCGAUUUUUCUAUAAACUAGACAAAGAUAGGCUUCGCAUCGGUGGAUCCACCAGUGUGAAAAAGAAUACGCCCUGUUUUUUUUAAGAGUAGAGGGGUUUUGUCACUUUUUGUCUUCAGUCAAGACAGUCGUCAGUCAGUGAUUCGGUCACAGUUCUCGAGUGCUCACUUGUCAACUUUGGUUACUUGAUACGUCCUCUGUUUUGUGAUUAAUACUUACUCAAUUCCAUUCAGCCUUCAGCUUAUAGGCCCCCGCAAGUACGCCCUUGUGUUAGUGUUUUGGAAAUUGCCUUUGAAAAAUAUCCGAAAAAAUGUUUAGUUGGUUGACAAGGGAUAACAACAAGCAAGAGAUCUACAACAAUGUUAUAGAUGGUCUUAAGGACAUUUACAAGAACAAGUUAUUGCCUCUGGAAGAACACUAUCAUUUCCAUGAAUUCCAUAGUCCAAAGUUAGAAGAUUCGGAUUUUGAUGCAAAGCCCAUGAUCUUACUUGUUGGCCAGUAUUCUACAGGUAAAACAACUUUUAUUAAAUACUUACUGGAACGGGAAUUUCCUGGGAUACGUAUAGGGCCAGAGCCUACAACUGAUAGAUUUAUAGCUGUUAUGCAUGAUGAAAAAGAAGGAAUAAUCCCUGGUAAUGCCUUGGUAGUCGAUCCGAAGAGACAAUUUAGGCCACUUUCAAAAUUUGGAAAUGCCUUUCUCAAUCGUCUACAGUGCUCUUUAGUUAAUUCUCCAGUAUUGAAAAAUAUUUCCAUCGUUGACACACCAGGUAUUCUUUCUGGCGAAAAACAGCGUGUAGAUAGAGGCUACGAUUUUACUGGAGUUCUUGAAUGGUUUGCUGAGAGAGUUGAUCGAAUAAUUUUGUUGUUUGACGCUCAUAAACUGGAUAUUUCUGAUGAAUUCAGACGUUCCAUUGAAGCUCUGAGAGGCCAUGAUGACAAAAUUCGAAUUGUAUUGAACAAAGCUGAUAUGAUAGACCAUCAGCAACUUAUGCGUGUAUAUGGAGCUCUCAUGUGGUCAUUAGGAAAAGUUUUACAAACUCCUGAAGUUGCCAGGGUUUAUAUUGGCUCUUUCUGGGAUCAACCUUUAAGAUAUGAUGUUAACAGACGACUGUUUGAAGAUGAAGAACAAGACCUGUUCAAAGAUUUACAAUCACUCCCAAGAAAUGCUGCUCUAAGAAAGCUGAAUGACCUUAUCAAGAGAGCCAGGCUUGCUAAGGUCCAUGCCUUUAUUAUUGCUGAGUUGAGGAAAGAAAUGCCUUCAGUAUUCGGAAAAGAUUCCAAGAAAAAAGAACUAAUUAAAAAUCUUGGAACUAUAUACGAGAAACUACAAAGGGAACACCAAAUAUCCCAAGGUGAUUUCCCCGAAAUUAAAAAAAUGCAAGAAGUCCUGGGGAAUCUAGAUUUCACAAAAUUCAACCCAAUAAAAGUGAAACUCUUGGAAAUUGUAGACAGAAUGCUGGCUGACGAUAUUUCAAGACUUAUGGCUAUGAUACCGCUGGAAGACACAACAACUAAUGUUCAGGAUGGUCAAGUUUCUGGUGGGGCAUUCAACAAUGUUGAGGAUGCUUCACCGUUUGGUUACAAGAGGGGGGAGGGCAUUGAUGCAGGUGCAGGAGAACAUGACUGGAUUGUCAGCAGAGAAAAGGAUAAAUAUGAUAAGGUGUUCGACCAGCUUAAUCCUGUUGAUGGCAAAGUCACUGGCAUGGCUGCCAAAUCGGAAAUGGUGAAAUCCAAGUUGCCCAAUACUGUUCUAAGCAAAGUAUGGAAAUUAGCUGAUGUGGACAAAGACGGUAUGUUGGAUAAAGAAGAAUUCGCUCUGGCAAUGCAUUUAAUCAACAUCAAAAUUGACGGAAACGAUCUGCCAGCCGAGUUACCUUUACAUUUGGUUCCUCCAUGUAAACGUUAAAUUAUCGUUAUGUAUUUAUUUUGAACAACCUAUUUAUUCUGUCAUCCACAAGUGCUCUAUCUAUCCUAAACUUUGUCCAUACUAAGUAUAUUCUUUGUACCCGAGUACAAAAAUAUCCUUUUAUUAGUAAGUAAUUUUACAAUGAAUUGUUUGAUGUCAAUAUUUUUUGACAAUAAAACAAAUUAAUUUAUCUUGUGUCUACAAAUUUUGUGAAGAACUUGUAUAUUUGAGAUGUAUGAAAAAUGUCAUAAAAUGAACAUUUUUCAAAAAUCGAAUAUCCAUAUAUUAUUAGGUUUUUGUUUUAGAUGAAGAUAGUCCUAAAAAAUGUUUACACACUCUGUCACUUAUUUCAUAUAGGGCAGUAUUUUUGUAAAAUAUGUAAUUAAAAAUUGACCAAUUUUUUAUUUCCAAAUGGCUUAAUGUACCUACACCAAGGAUUUGUUUGCCUAUCAUGUAUUCUACUUAAUAAUAAGUGUUUUCACCGUUUCCAAAAAAACACUUAGCCUUGGAACGAAAUAUAAAAAAAAAUAGUUUUUGCAUUUGGAAAAAAAAACAUAGUCUUUAAUGUAGCUAAAAAAAAUAAUAAUUACAUAUUAACAAAUAAUUUUAAAUAACCAAUGUGAUAGAAAAAGUACUGUGUAUAUUUGUAUCAUAACAAUGUAGAUAAAUAUUUUUUUAACAGAUUGGCUCGGGAAGUGUGAUCAGUCAUUAUAUAUACAAAUUAUUCAGAUUUUUCUUAAUAUAUUUUCUAUAUUAUUUUAAUGUUUAAGAUUUUAGGCACUUGUAGGAUUUUUUUGUUAUAAAAAUACCUAAAUAUUAUCCAUAAUGUAUUUAAGUUUUUUCCUAUAUGUACUGUUGUUAGAGUUUUUCAGAGGUAUCUUAUUUGAGAUAGAAAUUUUCCAUGAUUGUUUAAUAAAAUGUAUUUAUAAAUUAAA